AUGGUGAAAUUAUGUACGGGAUUGGAGGCAACAGGCAAGCACCCCUCUCUCGCCAUUCUCCGGUUUCCCGGCAAAAUCUCCGUUCAGAGUAGAAGCACAACUGACAUUUCACAUGCACCAACUAAAGAGAUCACCUGGGUGGAAAAUCAACUACAGUUGUGGAUGGAUAGUGAAGCCAGUCAACAGCACAAGCAAGAACGUUCAAGAACAAGGUGGACGGCAUCACUGGACAAGGUAUUUGCGGACCUGGUAGUCAAGCAGAUUCAACUGGGAAACAGACCAAAUAAUGUUUUCGACAAGAAAACGUGGAAUCAUAUUCGUGAUGAGUUUAACAGGCAAACAGAACUCAACUUCAAUAACAACCAAUUGAGAAAGCACCUAGAUGUUCUACGGACACGCUACUAUAAUCUGAAGUCUGCUUAUAAUCCAAACGACUUUGCUAUUGAGGACUCUUGUUGCAUUGGAUUUGACCUGUGGGAAGACAUUGCGGCACAGCCCAGACCAGACACCAUUAAAGUCAAGGACUGCCCAAUAUAUGAGCAGCUAUGUGCAAUUUUCACUGAUACUUCACCAGAUGGGAAAUAUGCACAAUCAAGUCACUUUGAAGGAUUUGACAAAUCUUUUGGGCAUAAUAAUGUGAUCUUAAAUUCAGUCCCAGAGGCUGAAACCCAACAUCCCAAGAAUCCAUCAUCUUCAAGGUUGAUACAAGGAAAUGCUUUGUCACCAGAGAAGGUGACGAAGAAUAUAGCCGAGAGAAAAAGGAAACAACAAUCUGAGACACGAACUUCGUUGGGUCAAAGCAGAAGAGAUCAAGAAAUACUUAAAGCCAUGGCCGGAGCUAUGUUAGAGAUGGUUGCUGCUUCAAAGUUGAGGACAGGGAUGACAACACAGAUUGAUGAAAGAUUUAGUAUAACUAAUUGCAUUAAAGCACUGGAUGAGAUGGAAGCCAUUGAUGAACAACUCUACUUCGCAGCCUUGGACCUCUUUGAUGAUCCCAACUUAAGGGAAACCUUUAUAUCUUUGAAAGGUGACAAAAUAAGAUUGACCUGGUUGCAAGGGAAGCGUGGUAAAAAUAUAACCACAUGUAGUUUAAGUUAG